ACACCAAAAAGAUUGAUGUUGAGCAUCAAUUCAAACAUAUUUAUUAAAAAACAUAAAUAAAAAAGAAGAUACAAAAACGAAAAUGACGAACAUGAGAAGAAAACAUGUGAUUAGAAUCUUGGUAAUUACAAGUAUUUUGACGUCAGCACAACUUAAUGUUAUUUUUCGAACUCCGGUUAAAUUAUAUCCGCUUGAAUCUGCAAAUUGCAAUUUUGAGACAGAAUGUCCUGCUUACAAAAAUGAUGAAUUGGCAACUUUUAAUUGGAUUAAGGGAAAUUUGACUACACCAUCGCCACACACUGGUCCAGAGGGGGACAAUACUCCAGGAAUGAAUGGUCUAGGAAACUAUCUAUACAUUGAGAGUUCAAAACGGUUGAACGGAGAUAUAGCACGUUUUCAAACACAUUUGAUAGACAAUGAUAUUCAAGAUAAAAAAAUAUGUGUUGAAUUUUUUUAUCAUAUGCGGGGUCACACAAUGGGAGAACUAGCAGUACUAGUUGACGAAAUUGAUCGAGAAGUUGUUAUGUUUCAGCUUAUUGGCAAGCAAAGUACCCAAGGUUGGAGCCACGGACGGUUUGCAAUGGACACGCCUUCAAGUCCUUUUAAAAUUAUAUUCCAAGGCAAAACAUCGUUUAGCUUUUAUGGUGACAUAGCAAUUGAUGAUAUUCAUUUAUAUUCUUUCAGCGGAAAAGGAUGUUACUCUUGGCCUAUAAAUUCACUUCCACUACCAAGUCAACCUCCUCCACCAGUACCAAACAAUGGACCAGAAGAUUCAUCGACUUGCGGAAAGAGUAAGCUUAAUCAGAACCCUGACAGCAAAACUUUUAAAUCAACAAACCUUGCUCGAAUAGUUGGUGGAACUAAAUCUACUAUCGGGGAAUGGCCGUGGAUGGCAAUGGUUUUAAUAAAAAAAUUGGACGGAUCUUUUGAACCAUCUUGUGGAGGAGUACUUCUCGGUUUGGAUUGGAUUAUUACUGCUGCUCAUUGCGUGGCAGAUGUUGCCAACAAAAAUGAUAUUCUCGUUCGGCUCGGUGUUCUGGAACGGAGCAAAAAGCUAAAGCAAACUCAAGAAUCCUUUAUUAGUGAUGUUUAUGUCCAUCCUCAUUACAAAACCGAGAAGUUAUAUAACAAUGAUGUUGCUAUGAUAAAACUGAAAAAACCAGUAAUGGUGAACCAAUUUGUUGAAUCUAUUUGCAUUCUGAACAACCACAAAUUUUCACAUGGUGAUCAAUGUUUUAUUGCAGGAUGGGGAAAAGUGUGGAAUGACGGCAACAAACCAGCUCCAUUUAGUGAGAUUUUGCGCCAUGGCAUGGUCACAAUUCGAAAAACUUCUGAAUGUAAUGAUAUAUACGGAGAAGCAUUAACGGAAAAUAUGAUAUGCGCUGGAGAUGAAUCUGGAGUUCCAGAUACUUGUUUUGGUGAUAGUGGUGGUCCAUUGAUGUGUCAAGAAGAUGGACAAUGGAUACUUACCGGUAUAACAAGUUGGGGAGCAGCAACUGGUUGUGGCCAGAGUAAUAUGUAUGGUGUCUACACUAACGUAAAAACUGUUCAAAACUGGAUUAAGUCGGUUAUAAAAUAUCCUGAUAUGCACGAAACUCUGCAUUUAGGCAAUUAGAACAACAACUAGAGUAUUUAUCAUAAAUAUAUAAUAAAUAAGAUAUUUAUUAUAAAUAUAUAAUAAAUAAGAUAUUUAUUAUAAAUAUAAGAUAUAUUUGAAUAUAA